AUUUUCUUCUUCUAAGAUUGUCUGGCUAAAAUUCUUUCGAAACCCGGAGAUAGUUUGGGAUUGGGUUUCUGGGUUUUGUUUGUUCCUUUGAAGUUUGAUCUCAUAAUCAUGUUUUAGGAGUUUGUUGAUAAGUUCCUUAGAAACCCAAUAACCAUUUGGGAAUUGUGUGUGUGCGUGUGUGUUUUGUUUUUCCAGGCUUGUCUGUUUUGUAUUGUACUCAGUCGAUUGGCUUUUAUUUUUUCCUCUUUCAGCUUUUACCGGAAUUCCGUAGAAAAUCCCUGAAAACCCAGAAGUUGUUUCGAAUUUGUUCAUCUGGGUUUUGCUUGUUUUUGCUAUUCAUCGAUUGGUCCAUUCAUGGGUCGUUUGCCAUUCAUUCUUCUUUGCUUUGUAUUCCUAUUUCUGGGCACUUGUUUUUGUUCGUAUCUCGAAGAUCAGGAGAGAGACAAAAUCAGCAGUUUGCCUGGACAGCCAAAGAAUGUUCAAUUUAAUCAGUUCUCAGGCUAUGUGACAGUGAACAAGAAAGCAGGAAGGGCAUUGUUUUACUGGUUAAUUGAGUCACCAGCUAGUCGUGCAGCCGAAUCAAGGCCACUUGUCUUGUGGCUCAAUGGGGGUCCUGGCUGUUCCUCCGUUGCUUAUGGAGCUGCGGAAGAGAUUGGACCCUUUCACAUUAGGCCUGAUGGCGAGACUCUUUACUUGAAUCCUUAUUGAUAAUGUAUAUAUAUUAUAGUUGUAUACUUGUAAAGGGUAGUUAGGGU